AUGGUGGUCAUCACUGUCGCCACGGUGGUAGGCAACAGUGCCGUGAUGGUAGCGUUGUGGCGCGUGAGGCGAGCUCCAUCACAUUAUCCGUUAAUAAGCUUGGUAACAGCUGACCUGCUCGUCGGCCUUCUGGUUCAACCGCUGGGUGUUUUACGAGAACUUUAUGUGUUUAAUCUGAAUCGUAUUAUCUGCGCAUGCUGGAGUAUAAUGGAUGUGUUAUGCUGUACUGCUUCAAUACUAUCCCUCUGCGUACUUGGCUGGGAGCGAUGGUCAGGUAUUACGGCUCCUUUAGCAAGAGCUCGUAGAGCGAAGAGAGCGAAGCUGGUCGCAGGUCUGGUUUGGCCGGUUUCUGCUGUGAUAGCGAUACCUAACGCCCUUGUAAGAUCUCAUAAGCACUUCCAUCCUGGUGAAUUAGAAAAAGCCUGCGAGGUUAACACUAAUACUGGAUAUGUUUUCUUCAGUGUAACUCUAUCGUUUUAUCUGCCGGCGGUCGUGAUGUUGAUGCUGUACGGUUUCAUCUUACGUGCUCUGUCUGCUCCUCCACCCGUGCGAGCACAUCGCGGCCGUCCUUCAAAUAAUAGCCCAGGAAAAGCUGUAACCUCAGAAAUCAAAACUCAACCAGGAUCCGCGAUUGAUAAUAAUCACGCUAGUUUCAUCAGUCGUCAGCGUCGCGCUACACGUAUCAUCGUGAUGUUGAUGACGCUGUUCUUCGUCUGCUGGACGCCUUAUUUCGUGAUGCUACCAUUAGAUUCUCUCUACGACUGUGUGUAUGACAGCGGUUGGUUGUGGUGUACGUGUUUGGGAUACGUCAACUCAUCUCUAAACCCUCUAGUGUACGCGGUGUCAUCUCCUAGCGUGAGGAGCGCCCUCCGUUCCUCACUUACUAGCAGUGGAAGGAACGACGUGGGUUUAACUAGGAGGAAUUAA